UGAUGCUGCUGAAAUAAAAUGAGCGAUUUUUUAAAUUUUAAUCUCAAACCACACAUGCUUUUCUUACCAUGACAAAAUUACUUUUAGCAGAAUUUCCUUCGCAGAGUGAAAAUGUAAAUCCGUCACGCGUGUCAUAAUUUGUAAAAGAAAAAGUCUUCGUUUGCUGUGCAAAAUACUAGAAUACUUGUAGCAUAACGCAGCAAGGAAUGUCUGUGGGAAAAGAAAGGGGAUUUUACAGCAAAUGGAAGUCAGAGAUUUUCAUGUUACAGUCCAUUGACCACGUGACUACAUGUAUGGCUUAUUAGUUAGAUUUAGUUUGGUUAAAAUCUGAACACAUGGAGAGCACCAUUACACAAAGUCCUAAGUGGGGGUAAUUAUGAAAAUAAUUAUUUGACUACCAUUACACUUAAGCACGAGCUCAGAUGAUAGGCAAGAUGUACAUGUAUAGUUUCAUGGAAGCCAGUUUGGGAGGAGAUGUAUGAACAAAAUCGUGUCUACAGACAGACAGACAGACAAGGUGAUUCCAGAUAAUUUCCAGUGUACCCUCGUCCCUCUAACUUCCUUGAAGUUUAGGGGGCGGGGUGAUAAAAGGGUCAUUCCAUUUUUUUUUCAAAACUUCAUGUCCCCAUCAUCAAGAGCUCCAUAAAAUUAAUUUAUUUCGAUAAUUCUUAACUAAGAGAUGUCUUUUUAGAUAGAUAGGCCACUUUGAUGAAUGUAUGUAAUCAAUUAAAGUUCAAUCAAGAAAGCAGCACAAUUAUAAUUACCACCAGUUCUACCCCAACACAGUGGAAUUUAUAUGUCCCUAAACAAUCUUCCUGCAGAACUACAUCGUUUUAAAGUAAUUAUAUAUGCCCCAAGAACCAAAAAUAAAUCCUUAUUUAGGCAUUAGUAUGUGUAGUUAAUGAAUUACCAGUUAAAAGAUAGAUGACGGUUAACUAAAUGUAUAAUUUUUACAUGGUUACGAAUGUCCCUUAAAAUACCGUCAUUUCCGUAACGUCAAACAAACGUAGUAACACACAGAGUUGCAUCCCUUCCUGAACAGGUCUUCAACGUCAUUAUAACUAUUGAGCCCGCGCAGAUUCAGAAAAAUGUCUAAUGACUGACCAGCUACGUUUUAAAGGACACAGUUUUCAUCGGUAAGUACUAAGUUUGCGAGCGUAUGCUUUCUAGAUGUCAUUACCGUACAAGUAUUAGGCUUGGUGUGAUACAAAACAUAUGAUAAAUAUCAUAAUCAACCUGUUACUCAUGGGUUCUUCUUCAAAUACGAAGGGCAUGUGCUCACCUCGUGUUGUCUGAUUUUGCCCCAGGCCGCAAAGUAACCCAAAAUGUCACUAACGUAACGGUCAUUCCCGUAAUGCUUUACUUUGUUACGGCAAUGACAUAGCCGUUACAGAAAUGACAUACAUACCUUAAUACAACAUAAUAACUGGAAAAUAAAGUACUAGUAUCUUGUCUUUUUAUUUGUAUUUUCUCGACCAGUUAAUUGCUUCACUGGCCCAUUGUAUAACAAUCCCCACACAUUUAAGAUUAUAUGUUCAAGUCUGGCUCGUGUUAGAGUAGUUUGUUUCGACAUUGCAGGUGUAUAUAGGCAUUUGACAGUAGCGGCUAGUAUUUUAGACUAGCAAAAAUAAUAAGUCUGUGCAUUCACAACUUUUUUUCACUUCUGUUUUAGAUUUGAAAAUACUUACGCCGGUUUCUCUCUUCGUUAGAAUAUGCCGUUGUCAAAUGCAGAGCGAGUGGCUGCUUGGAGGAAACGACAGCGGGAAAAUCCAGAGAAGCACAACGAAUAUAAGAGAAAAGAAAGGGAAAGGUACCAAAAGAAAAAAGAAAGAGGUGUCGUUAAGCCCAUAGCAGACCUUGGGGCGAGGGCGCAGAGAAAACAAAAGAGGGCAUGGCGAAUAAACCAACAAACCAAACGAUGUCGGGAUUUUGAAAUUAGAAGGACCGUCAAUGCAAUCAUGACACCUCCACUGUCACCUACAACGCCGGAGCAGGGGAAUCAAGCAGGAAGGGUGGAAACAAUGAGACGCUUUGGAAGACAGAAAGUAAGAAGGGACAGGGCAAAAUCAUACAGAGAAUUGUUUAAACUGAGAGUAAAACUACAAGAAGAAAGAAGAGUGAAAGAAAGAUACAAGAAACGUUACCGCUUCAAAACAAGGGGAAGAAACAUCGAUUAGAGAAAGAGGUAGACGAAACUAUCAAACGACAUGAACACAAGAAGGCCUUGUUGGUAAAUCAAGCUAUUAUUCAACGGAUUAGGUCAAGGUACAUGCUAUCGAAAAGUCAAGCAGAGAAAAAGAUGGUAUCAAGUAUAGUCUGUACAUAUAAAAUACUGAAGAAGCUUAAACUGGCCGAGUUUGCCAGGAAGAAACUGGGCUUUUCAACACACUCUUUCAAUGCAAAGCGGGAUGGGCAGGUAAGAGAGAGACGGAAACCAAAUGGACCGUGCAGACUGAAGGGAAAGGUUGUUACCUUUCUGAGUCGCGAUGAUAACAGCCGGAUGAAGGCGGGAAAGAAGUCAACAAUAACAAGGCUGGGCGUAAAAAGACAAAUCCGCCUAUUGUCAGAUGAUCCUCUAGCUUUGCAUUCAAAAUUUCUGAUGGAGGAAAGUUGCAAAAUAUCUUACAGUCUCUUUUGCUCCCUACGACCAUUUCAUGUCAUGAAACCAACGGCAAAAGACAGAGAAACUUGCCAGUGCAGAAUUCAUGAAAAUUUUAAGUUUAAGAUGGAAGCCUGUCAUCAACUAAAAGUCAUCUCUUCAUCAUGUAUUGACGUUGCCUUGUGUAACAUUACUUGCGACAUGCAAAAGAAAGCGUGUAUGUACAGGGAAUGUCCCAACUGUGAAAGCAAAGAACUGGAUUUUGAUCUCACUGAUAGAGGUAAACAAGUGUCGUGGACAGCAUGGAAAACAAAGAGGCAGGAGUGGGAAAAGAAAGUGAAUGGUGAGACUAAGGUGUCUGUGACAAACAUCACCGUUAAGGAACGUGAAUAUGGAACACUGGAAACCUUGGCAACUGAACUGAAUAACGACAUCCAAAGGGGGAGUCGUCACAUCUUCAACAUAACCCAUCAAUACAAAGCACUAAGGCUUUUAAAGAAUCAGCUUACAGACGAAGAAGUUAUGGUACAUAUUGACUUCUCCGAGAACUAUAACUGCAAAUAUUCUGAAGAAAUUCAGAGUAUGCAUUUUGGGGCGUCGCAAAGGCAAAUAACCCUGCAUACUGGGGUCGCCUAUACCAGGUCAAAGACUUACUCUUUUUGCACCAUGUCGGACAGCUUAAAUCAUGCUCCGGCGGCAAUAUGGGCUCAUCUCCAGCCGGUCAUUCUUCACCUUAAAGAGUUAGAGCCUAAUGUCAAUGUCAUCCACUUUAUCAGCGACUGCCCAGCUACGCAGUACAGGAACAAACAAAACUUUUACCUGUUUUCAAAUAGGAUUUUUCAACAUGGGUUUAGAGAAGGAACCUGGAACUUCUUAGAAGCAGGCCAUGGCAAAGGUGCGGCAGACAGUAUCGGCGCUGUCAUCAAGCGUACCGCAGACAAGCUGGUCAGUGUUCAAGGCAAAGACAUCGUGAAUGCUGAGGGACUCAUGGCAGAACUGGUCAAAGUGAACACGAGUGUGAAGCUGUUCCUGAUUUCAGAAGAAAUCGUCGAUUCAUUGGAAUCUGAGCUUCCAUCUGACUUACGGCCUCUUUCGAAGACAAUGCAGAUUCACCAGGUUGUAACAGUCCAUCCUGGAGAAGUGCGACACAGAGUUCUUUCCUGUUUCUGCAAAAAACCUGCUGUAUGUGACUGCUUUGGACUAACUACUGCCACCUUCCCAGUUGAGGUAUGUAUUUAUAGACUUAUCCAGUUUUCUGUAGAAGUUGUUUGCUGUCAGAAAUGGUCUAAAAGAUAUGUGGACGAUGAUGAGGAGAUGGAGGUCCAGGUUAUGCACUGUGUUGGCAAAAAUAGGUACUUUUGGCCAAUGAUUGACGACGCAGUAUGGUACAGGGAAGGAGAUGUCGUUACAUUGCUUCGGGAUCCCCCAAGACCGGUCACCAAGCGCCACUGUGAAAUUGACAAACGUGUUUGGCGUCUCAUAGAAUCAGAAAUGGACCUGGACUGAUUUCUGGCAGUGCGAAUUCACUGAGAUUACCGCUGACGAUUUGUUCUACUCGAUAUCGUUUCAUCGAGUUUUGCUUUUUUCUUCAUUCAAAAUCAUUGUAUCCAGUUCGAGGGUCUACGUAGACCUAUUGUUUCUUCAGAUCUAACGGAUUGAUGUCAUUUCCGUAAUUACUUGUCAUUACCGUAACUGAUUGUCAUUACCGUAAUGUGUGUUUAUUAUAUCUCUAAAAUCGCACGAAACAACAAAAGACCAAAGACAAGGCCUGGGUGUUCGUUCAUUUGCGUUAUAUAAAAUAACCCAUUGUUGAAAUCUGAGGUUUGCCGUGAAUCGUGGUUUCCAAGAUCGAAUAUUGUAGCGUAAUUCCAUUAUACAAUCGGAUCUCAUGAAGCAUGCGCAGUUUUUUGCACAAUGGUGACUGUAUUGGAGUGAUUUAUGCUUAUCGAGCUGUGCCUUUCUAGUUGGCAAACCAGUACCUUGUGUUAAGAAGAGAAAUAAACAAUGUGGAUAAUGUUAUAUGAAGUUUUGAUCUUAUUCAAUCAAUGUUACGGAAAUGACAAAACCAAAAAGAUGGCCAGACAAUAAUGCAAAAUUAUUUAAUUAUAACAUUGUUGACUCGCUGCAGGUCGUUUAGACUUGUUACACGUCAUAUCAGCAACAAUUUAACAUAACUGAAUAGCUCUCUUGGCACUUUGGUCGUGAAUUAACAAUAAUGGUGAGAUUUCCGCUAUUUUUUGGAAUAACCCAAAAAUGAACCGCACAUCCAGGGAAAAUCUAUGAGCCCAGGUCUAAGGCGUUAAACCCUCUUGUGCCUAACUUUUCACAUAUAACGAUAAGGAAUCUGAAAAAGGCCCUAAAAUAGAAAAAGGAUAGAUUUGCAGACCUUCCCACGAACGGCCGGAGAGGAAGCCAGCAUGAACUGAACUCGCAUCGACCGCAUUGGUGAGAGGCUUCUAGGUCACUACGCUGCGCUAGCGCGCUAACCGACUGAGCAAAGGAGGUCCCCCUUUGGUAUUAUAGGGGAAGAUGUUUGGUAUAGCCCUAUAAGUUGAGGAGUUCGGUUUUUAGGGCGAGGAGUCUGGUACAUAGGGCGAGGAGUCUGGUACAAAGGGCGAGGAGUUCGAUACAAAGGGCGAGGAGUUCGAUACAAAGGGCGAGGAGUUCGGGACAUAAGGCGAAGAGUUCGGGACAUAAGGCGAAGAGUUCGGGACCAAGGCGAGGAGUUCGGGACAUAGGGCGAGGAGUUCGGGACAUAGGGCGAGGAGUUCGGUACAUGAGGCGAGGAGUUCGGGACAUGAGGUGAGUGAGUGAGUGACUGAGUGAUUGGGUGUAACGUCGUAUUCAACAAUUUUUCACUCAUAUGACGACGAAGGAAUCCUUAGGGUGUUUGUAAUGUGCCUCCUUGUUGCAAGACGGAUUUCCAUCGCUGUUUUCGCUAAAGCUGCUUCACUGAGACGACUUACCCAAGGCAAGUACGACGCCCCGCCCGAGCCAUUAUACUGAUACGGAUCAACCAGUCAUUGCACCAUCCUCUUCAUGCUGAACGAAGUUAGUUACAACUUCCUGUUACCACUUCCUUUUUUAAAGUCUUAAGUGUGACUCGACCUAGGAUUGAUCCUGGAUCUACCGCUCUCGAAGCGGACGCUCUACCACCUGUGCUGUCCGGGCCGUCAUAUAAGGUGAGAAGUUCGGUAUAGGGCUCGGUUAAUUCUACUCAAAAGAUCUUACUUCCAGGGAGAUCUAUUUUCAUUCAAAAAUGAAUGUAUAGAUGCGACCUGUAAAACUGUUUAUGCACAGCACGUGAUAGCUUAUUCAAUUGAAAGGAAAGAGGUGCCUAUUCUUUUGAAGUAGGUCACAAAUAAAAACAUCAGUCAGAAGUCGGCAUGCAUUAAAAUGUGUGUCUCGACUUUCCAUACCGGUGCUCAGGUAGGUAUUGUGGAGUACAAUCUGAAAAGCCUUGAAAACAGACCAAAACAACUUGGCCUACAAAUAUAUAUCUAUAUAUGUGCAUGAACACUAGACCGCCUGUGCAUGCGCUUGCAUAAUAGUGUAACUCGGACGUUUUGGUUUAUUAAAGAUAUUUAUUUAUUUGUUUGAUUGGCGUUUGGCGCCGUACUUAAGGAUAUUUCACUUAUACGACGGUGGAGUUUUGGUGGUAUUAUACGUUAUGGUGGGCAAAGCCAAAUGGAGCCGUGGGAAACCGGUGACCAUCCGCGAGAUACUGCAGCCCUUCCUCCUGCGUAUACGACAGGAGAGAAAUAAGUAUCAAUGUAUUUGAUUGGUGUUUUACGCCGUUCUCAGGAACAUUUCACUUAUACGACAGUGGCCCAUGAUAGUGGGGGGGGGGGGG